AUGGAGGUGCAGGUGACUCCCCAUAACUCAGCCUCAGUCGCCCUUCCCUGGGACUGUGGAGCAACAGAGCCCGUAGCAACGGAAAAUGCCACGGAACGCUCCACGCGGUGGCUGGCAUGUGCUGGCUGCCUCUGGGAGCCUUACGUUCUAAGCCAAAGUUCAGCUGAAGGGCAGCAGCCGUGCCAGCGAGUCAUGCGGCUCUCAUAUUUCACUGCAGGGUACAAAGUCUUGAAGAGUUUAAUUGUAGAUGUAAUCUGGAGAAUCAAAGUCAGUCUCAUUCCUCAGAAGAAUGGUGCAAGUGUGGGAGGCAGCGAUUGCUCGCUCUGCAGUGCUCAAGCUGUAGAACCAAUUCUUUCCCCUUUCCACGUUGUGGAAACCCACUCCUUUCCCUUUGGGAAAAGCGGCGGGACAGGGUGUGGUGAUGGCUGGUCUGGUUCACUUACCCUUUUUAAUGGAAGAACCUGGGCCUCAUCCGUUCAGUGUGCUGCUCUGGUUGGUGAGGACCAGCCUCUUUGCCCAGAUCUUCCUGAACUUGACCUUUCUGAACUGGAUGUGAAUGACUUGGACACAGACAGCUUUCUGGGUGGAUUGAAGUGGUGUAGCGACCAAUCGGAAAUCAUAUCCAACCAGUACAACAAUGAGCCUGCGAACAUAUUUGAGAAGAUAGAUGAAGAGAAUGAGGCAAACUUGCUAGCGGUCCUCACAGAGACACUGGACAGUCUCCCUGUGGAUGAAGACGGAUUGCCCUCAUUUGAUGCACUGACAGAUGGAGACGUGACCACUGACAACGAGGCCAGUCCUUCCUCCAUGCCUGACGGCACCCCGCCCCCUCAGGAGGCAGAAGAGCCGUCUCUACUUAAGAAGCUCUUACUGGCACCAGCCAACACUCAGCUCAGCUACAAUGAAUGCAGCGGUCUUAGCACUCAGAACCAUGCAAACCACACCCACAGGAUCAGAACAAACCCUGCCAUUGUUAAGACCGAGAAUUCAUGGAGCAAUAAAGCAAAGACCGUUUGUCAACAGCAAAAGCCACAAAGACGUCCCUGCUCAGAGCUUCUCAAGUAUCUGACCACAAACGAUGACCCUCCUCACACCAAACCCACAGAGAACAGGACCAGCAGCAGAGACAAAUGCGCUUCCAAGAAGAAGUCCCACACACAACCGCAGUCGCAACAUGCUCAAGCCAAACCAACAACUUUAUCUCUUCCUCUGACCCCAGAGUCACCAAAUGGCCCCAAGGGUUCCCCAUUUGAGAACAAGACUAUUGAGCGAACCUUAAGUGUGGAACUCUCUGGAACUGCAGGCCUAACUCCUCCCACGACUCCUCCUCAUAAAGCCAACCAAGAUAACCCUUUCAAGGCUUCGUCAAAGCUGAAGCCCUCUUGCAAGACCGUGGUGCCACCGCCAACAAAGAGGGCCCGGUACAGUGAGUGUUCUGGUACCCAAGGCAGCCACUCCACCAAGAAAGGGCCCGAGCAAUCCGAGUUGUACGCACAACUCAGCAAAUCCUCAGUGCUCAGCCGAGGACACGAGGAAAGGAAGACUAAACGACCCAGUCUAAGGCUGUUUGGUGACCAUGACUACUGUCAGUCACUCAAUUCCAAAACGGAUAUACUCAUUAACAUAUCACAGGAGCUCCAAGACUCUAGACAACUAGACUUCAAAGAUGCCUCCUGUGACUGGCAGGGGCACAUCUGUUCUUCCACAGAUUCAGGCCAGUGCUACCUGAGAGAGACUUUGGAGGCCAGCAAGCAGGUCUCUCCUUGCAGCACCAGGAAACAGCUCCAAGACCAGGAAAUUCGAGCCGAGCUGAACAAGCACUUCGGUCAUCCCAGUCAAGCUGUUUUUGACGACAAAUCAGACAAGACCAGUGAACUAAGGGAUGGCGACUUCAGUAAUGAACAAUUCUCCAAACUACCUGUGUUUAUAAAUUCAGGACUAGCCAUGGAUGGCCUAUUUGAUGAUAGUGAAGAUGAAAGUGAUAAACUGAGCUACCCUUGGGAUGGCACGCAGUCCUAUUCAUUGUUCGAUGUGUCGCCUUCUUGCUCUUCCUUUAACUCUCCGUGUCGAGAUUCAGUGUCACCACCGAAAUCCUUAUUUUCUCAAAGACCCCAAAGGAUGCGCUCUCGUUCAAGAUCCUUUUCUCGACACAGGUCGUGUUCCCGAUCGCCAUAUUCCAGGUCAAGAUCAAGGUCCCCAGGCAGUAGAUCGUCUUCAAGAUCCUGUUACUACUAUGAAUCAAGCCACUACAGACACCGCACACACCGCAAUUCUCCCUUGUAUGUGAGAUCACGUUCGAGGUCACCCUACAGCCGUAGGCCCAGGUAUGACAGCUAUGAAGCGUGUGAACACGAAAGGCUGAAGAAGGACGAAUACCGCAAAGAGCAUGAGAAGCGGGAGUCUGAAAGGGCCAAACAGAGAGAGAGGCAGAAGCAGAAAGCAAUUGAAGAACGCCGUGUGAUUUACGUUGGUAAAAUCAGACCUGACACAACGCGGACAGAACUGAGAGACCGCUUUGAAGUUUUUGGUGAAAUUGAGGAAUGCACUGUAAAUCUGCGCGAUGAUGGAGACAGCUAUGGCUUCAUCACCUACCGUUACACCUGUGACGCUUUUGCUGCUCUUGAGAAUGGAUAUACUUUACGCAGGUCGAACGAAACCGACUUCGAGCUGUACUUUUGUGGACGGAAGCAAUUUUUCAAGUCUAACUAUGCAGACCUAGAUUCAAACUCAGACGAUUUCGACCCUGCUUCCGCCAAGAGCAAGUAUGACUCUCUGGAUUUUGAUAGUUUACUGAAGGAAGCUCAGAGAAGCUUGCGCAGGUAACGUGUUCCCAGGCUGAGGAAUGACAGAGAGAUGGUCAAUACCUCACGGGACAGCGUGUCCUUUCCCAAGACUCUUGCAAGUCAUACUUAGGAAUUUCUCCUACUUUACACUCUCUGUACAAAAAUAAAGCAAAACAACAACAACAACAACAACCACCAUAGCAGAACAAGAACAACAACGGUUUACAUGAACACAGCUGCUGAAGAGGCAAGAGACAGAAUAGUAAUCCAGUAAGCACAUGCUUAUUCACGGGUGACAGCUUUGCUUUCCCUGGAGGCUCUUGGUGACAGUGUGUGUGCGUGCGUGUGUGUGUGUGUGUGUGUGUGUGUGUGUGUACUUGUUUGGGAAGUACAUGUGUACACAUGUGAGGACUUGGGGGCACCUGACCAGAACGAACAAGGGCGACCCCCUUCAAAUGGCAGCGUUUCCAUGAAGACACACUUAAAACCUACAACUUCAAAAUGUUUGUAUUCUAUACAAAAGGAAAAUAAAUAAAUAUAAAUUAAAAGGAAAGAAAACUCACAAACCACCCUAAAACGACACUGCUGAUGCCUGUUGUCAGCCUCCUCCGGUACCGUCUUUUCAGAAAGUGCAAAACCCUGAAAGUGCAAAACAGACCUGCAGCAAGCUCCCUCUCUUUAUGUAAUGAUCACGUGACAAUCCCGAAGAUACUACAGGUUCCAUUGAACUCAUAUCCACCUCUCUCUCUCUCUCUCUCUCUCUCUCUCUCUCUCUCUCUCUCUCUUUCUUUCUGUCUCUUUCCUUUGCCAUGGAAUCUGGGUAGGAGAGGACCCUGCAGGCGCCAGAUGCUAAACUUUCCUAACAUUUUGAAGUUUCUGUAGUUUGUCCUUUGUCCUGACACCUAUGUAUAUGUCCAAAAUGUUGAUCUUCCACUGCAAAUUUUGAAAAGCCUUGUCAUUGGUCAAGCGGGGAGUGUGUUCCGUGGUUCCUUCUGAGGAGCAGAUGUGGUGUUACAUGACUACUGAGAGUUGAGUAGAACUCUCUGGAUGUGUUCAGAUAGUGUAAUUGCUACAUUCUCUGAUGUAGUUAAGUAUUUACAGAUGUUAA